UUCAACUUCAAAAUCAAGGAAAUCAUGCUAAACUGAGUUGUCUCCAUCUUCUAAACCAAGAAAAUGAAUUUGGUGUUCAACUUCGUCACAAACGCCGAAUCUCUUCUAAAAGAAAAAUGCGUUCCUGUCUUCAAAAAAUAAAUAGAAACAAAAAACAUUCAAUAAAAAAUAAAGAAUUAUCACCAACACAAGUUGUGGUAGCUGGGGUAGGCACAAUUCCAGCCUCACAUCUUUUCCCUACAAAACAACAAAUAAUUCCCUAUGGAAAUAAAAUUGAUAUUGAGGUGGGACUUUGCUUUUAAAAAAUAUUUUAUACGUAAGGGUACUUUUCAGACGGGUCUUGGGGAAAUAGGGAAAUAUUGAGAAGGGCAACGCCAUUAGGGGAAAAGUGGUUUGUACCCAUUCCCGUAGGGGGGAAAAUCAUUCCGGAAAGAAUAUAGGUAGUUAGUAGACUUCCGUAA